UUUUCCAGCGACUUCGCCUGCGUAAACUAUGGACUAUUUUAUCCGCGUAUGAUGAAGUAUCGGUAGGUGAAAGAACUUUUAAAACAAUUCCACUAGUUACGGAGCUUUGCAGAUGCAAACAAAUAGUCUUUUUAUUAUUAUUUAAUAGACUUUCUUUUGUUACAGAUUGCGAAAAAAAUGCAACAGUCAUAGCUUCUCGAACCAUGGGUCCACCCAUAAGCGCGUGGCCGUGCGGUCACAUCGCACCCAUAGUGAACCACUGCGGUGACAAAACAGUGAUUAGUGAACAAAAGUGUAUUCUAAACAAGUUCGUGGACAACUUCAGGGUGUUGUGUUACAAUUUCACGUUCGCGCUGUUGAUCCUCAACUUGUUUAUCAAUCUGAACUCUGUCACCGCUGGACCAGUGAUACUAAAUUUGGACUAUUUACAAGGUCCAGUACCUCUAGCAAGAAAUAUAAGGCAUCUGCCAUGCAUAUCAAGGAGGACAGGUCAAGAAGGCCUGUGUAUGUUUGCCAUAGAUUGCCUGAAAGCCAACGGUUCCCAUCUAGGAACGUGCAUAGACAGAUUCUAUUUCGGUUCAUGUUGUCAAAUACCCGACAAAACUGUACUGCCCCAAAUAAUAGGUAAUAAUAUCGAAGAUAACUCAAUAGACAGUGCGAACUUUGUCCAUCCUCAGACAGAAGACAAAAUACACAGUACAGUUAGUAAAAUACCAGAUAUAUUCCCAACGAGAAAAACUACCACCGAAAGAGCAACAGAAACUACAACAGAUAGAUCUGAUUCUGUCCAACAUAGAACGGAGCCUACUGAAAUGGAAACGAAAACCGAUGACACCAAAACGUAUGACAGUAAAUUUACCACAGUAGUUGAAACUACUACAAAAACGCAAACUAAAGCUCCAGUGGUAACAGAAAUUCCAGUUAAGUUGUCCACAUUUCAAGCAGUUUCUGGUGAUUUAAGUAACGAUGGAUCUAAAAUAACCGAAAAUGCAAUAGCAACCCAACAAACUACAACAACUACAUCGAAACCAAUGAAACCAAUCGGGACUAGAAAACCCACGAAACCUACAUACAAACCUAGACCCACCUAUAGACCUACGAACUUUACAAGACCACAAUACCUACCCACUACAAUCAAACCGAGACCUACGAAACCUCCUUUGAUAUUUAAUAUCACGCGAAAACCUCCAUACAGAUUACCUCCAAAACGAAACACAACCAAAAAACCGUUGCCAUCUCCUCCUAGAUUAAAUAUAACUAUUAUCCCUCAAUCAACAAGCACUAGACCUUUAUUCACUAGACCCUCUGUGCCUUCUAUCACUUAUAUAAAUACGACAUUAGCAACUGAAGAGAAAAUCACAACUACAACAACGACAACUACUACUGCCCCAACUUCAUCUUCUAUGUCUACAGAAGCUGCACUUUCAAUAAGUACUGAAAAAGUCAUACAAACAGCGGAAACUGUAACUGAAACUUUAAUCGCUUCUCCUACCGAAAUUGUAACUGAAAAAUAUACUGAACCUAUAGCAACGACAUCAGAAUUGCCCCUAGAAUCGUUAUCAUCAGAAUCAUUACCUAAUACACUAUCAUCAGUUUCACAACCAGAAGAGAUUCCAGCUUCUGAAUCUCCAUUAGAAACAAUAGCAGCUCAUCAAACUUCUGUUUCAGCAACAAUAUCAACAGAAUUCCCAUUGCCAGCACCAUCUUCACCAGAAACAUCUUCAUCAUCAGAAGUUCCACUUGAAACAUCAUCAUCAGAGUCACCUAUUGAAUUAUUUUCACCGGAAAUGCCAACAUCAGAAACACAAUCUUUAGAACAGCCUUCUGUCGAGACUUCUUCUGAAACAGUACCUACACAGACUGAAAAACAACCCACACAACCUGAAAAAUCAACUAUGCAGCCCGAAAAAGAAGCUACACAACCUGAAAAAGAAUCUACGCAGCCUGAAAAAGAAACCACGAUUCCAGAUGAGAACAAAGAGACUUUAAAACCAGCAACUGAAGCUGUAAUUCCAACAUCAUCUGUUACAGAACCAUCUACAGAAUUCCCUCCGUUAGUGACAUGGUCUACUGUAGAUACGGGUACCAAAGCUCCAGAAAAUGUUACAACAAUAUCAGAAGAUAAAUGGUCCCCAAUCACUCCACCAGAUGGCUGGGUCUUGAUAUCAACGAUACCACCUACAACAGAAUCUACAUCAACAACUACGUCAUCAACAAUACUGUCGACAACAAUACCAUCGACGACGACGACUACGACGACGACGACAACAACAACAACAACAACAACUGAACAGCCGACAACGAUCUUUACAACACUAGAAACUAUACAACCUGAAACAACUGAAAAGCUGACGACCACAAGUUCAACAGAACCGGCAACAACAGUUCAAUCAACUACGACAACUACACAACAGCCGAUGCUGGAGUUCACAGUAAAUGUGACUGUGAAGCCAACAGUGCCGACUACAGUCAGUAUGGUGACUACAGAUUCGACAUCGGAAAAUGCAACGGAUAGUGGUACCAAUGUCACUGAUAGUGUUACGAAUCAGGAAAUCACAACUACUGCCGCACCUGUAACAACUGCUGCACCUAACUUCAACAUGUCUAACUACAAAGAAGUAUGCGGUCGUCGUCUUUGGCCUCAGGCUCGUAUAGUUGGAGGCCAGAAGUCAGCCUUCGGACAAUGGCCUUGGCAGAUAUCGCUGAGGCAGUACCGCACCUCAACCUACCUGCACAAGUGUGGGGCGGCCCUGCUGAACGAGAACUGGGCCAUUACUGCAGCACAUUGCGUCGAACAUGUGCCACCAUCAGAGCUGCUGGUUCGCCUGGGAGAACACGACUUAGCCAAUGAUAAUGAACCGUUCGGGUUCGCCGAGAGACGCGUCCAAAUCAUCGCCAGUCACCCACACUUCGAUCCGGCCACUUUUGAAUACGAUCUAGCAUUACUUAGAUUCUACGAACCCGUGACAUUCCAGCCCAACAUUUUACCUGUGUGCGUGCCAGAUAAUGACGAUGACUUCGUCGGGAAGACAGCUUACGUGACCGGCUGGGGACGCCUAUACGACGAUGGCCCUCUGCCGAGUGUAUUACAAGAAGUCCGAGUGCCAGUUAUCAACAACUCGCUCUGCGAAGCGAUGUACCAAGAUGCCGGUUAUAAUGAACACAUACCCAACAUAUUCAUAUGUGCUGGAAGAAAAAAAGGAGGCGCUGACAGUUGCGAAGGCGACAGUGGAGGCCCCAUGGUAGUACAAAGAGAUAGAGACAACCGGUUCGUGCUUGGUGGUGUAAUAUCUUGGGGAAUAGGAUGCGCGGAACCAAACCAGCCCGGGGUCUACACGCGGAUCUCAGAAUUCAGAGACUGGAUCAACCAAAUUUUACAAUUCUAAACUUUUGAAUUCAUAAUAAACAUGGCGGCCAUUGGCGUGAUAAAUUUAAUCUCUUAAAAUCAUUACAAUCUGUAAAGAUAUUUAUUGAUUGAGAUUGUGGAAGAGAACACUGAAACCAAUUUUACUUGUUUUUAAAUUGAUUUUAAAAAACUCCUUACGUCCCAAUCAUACUUAAACAAGUUUCUAAGGUACCGAUUUAAUUGCUUUUAAAGACUGGACUGGACUGAAAAUUUGUAAGUAUUAUACUUAUUUAUGACCUACAAAUUUUCAAAUUACUUUAAACUUUAAAGCAGUGAUUCCCUAAGUGGUCCAGGUGGACCCCCAGGGGUCCACGAGGGAUUCAACGGGGGUCUACGUUGGCGUGAAAUAAAAAUAGAUAUCUUCACAUUUUGGACAAAUUUUGGGAAUACAGUAAAAAUGUAGCAGCAGGGGGUCCACCGAAACCAGUAAUUUUUUUAAAAUGAUCUACGAGAAAAAUUUGUUUGGGAACCUCUGCUUUAAAGUAUAAUGACAAACAAUAAUUCAAAUCAGAAUGAAAUGUAUAAAUUAUAAAAAAAAAACAAAGAUAAAACGUAUUUAAUAAUAGUAGCUAUUAAUUUUACUAAGAAUGUUUUUAAUAUUUAAUAAAAAAGACUGUUACAAAUUGGUGCUUGUUUGGUCCAAAAAAUUUUUUUGUUAUUUAUAAUUUUUGUUUUGUGAAUAUUAUGACGAAUUUAACAACGAAAGAAUUUAUCUAUAUUCGAGUAACAUAAUUCUUAAAAUUGGUCUUAAAAAACAUUCGAAUUUAAAAGAAAGUGAUUAUUUUUAUGUAAAAAAAUAAACUUCAGAGUUUAAUACCUAUUUUAAUACAAAAUAACAAUAUUUUAUUUAGCUAUAGAACACUUAAUUUCAUAAUAAUAAUUUUAAGUAUUUAUCAACUGAUAUGAUAAUGCAGGAUCUUUUAGCGAGACAUUAAAUAACAUAAAAUUAGUAUUUAUAGCAAAUGAAUUAAUUUAUUUGUAGUAAUAUUUUGUAAAUAUUAUCAUACAUUUGGACUUGAGAAAGCAUUUAUUAUUGUUUAGUUUUAAUUUAGCCAUAAAUGUUUUAAGAUAUAAAUUAAAUUGGAGAAAUUUAAUUAAACAAACGGAUGUUUUUUUUUAUUUCUUAUAUUUCUAAUGAAAUUGCACAAACGUCUUUUUUCCUCGUAUCAGAAUAAACAUAUAUUAGAACUCUAGCGCCAUCUAUUGACAAUCAUAUUUAAAAAAUUAUGCCACCUUAAAAGCACACUAAGUAUGCUACGCACGUAAAGUACGACAUUUCGUCAGU